UAUAUAGGCUUCGAACCUAGUGAAAUCCGUCUUCCAAUUGCAGAGGAGGAUAUACAAGAAUUUUGUAAAAUAAUAGCAGAUCAGGAGAAAAUGACAGAUAUUGUAACAGAUGAGUAUCGAUUUUUGCUACGCUAUGGGCAUAAUGAUUUAUCAGAAAAGGUAUUAGCUUAUAUUGAAAAAAGAUUCGAAGAAGUCCCACUAGUGCCAGUACUCAUACGGUAG